CCUCUCAGCACUCACAAGGGAGCAGAGGCACCUCCACCAUGUCUGGAAACUGCUAUUCUAGGAAAUGCCACUCUGUGCCAGCCAUCUCACUCUGCUCCACUGAGGUGAGCUGCAGAGGGCCUGUCUGCCUGCCUAGUUCCUGUCGGAGCCAGACGUGGCAACUGGUGACUUGUCAAGAUAGCUGUGGAUCAUCUAGCUGUGGCUCACAAUGCUGCCAGCCUUCCUGUCCUGUGAGCAGCUGCGCCCAACCUGUGUGCUGCGAGGCCACCAUAUGUGAGCCUUCCUGUUCUGUCAGCAGCUGUGCCCAACCUGUAUUUUACAAGGCGACCAUUUGUGAGCCUUCCUGUUCUGUGAGCAGCUGUGCCCAACCUGUGUGCUGCGAGGCCACCAUUUGUGAGCCCUCCUGUUCUGUGAGCAGCUGUGCCCAACCUGUGUGCUACGAGGCCACUGUUUGUGAACCUUCCUGUUCUGUGAACAGCUGUGCCCAACCUGUGUGCUGCGAGGUGACCAUUUGUCAGCCCUCCUGUCCUGUGAACAACUGUGCCCAACCUGUGUGCUGUGAGAUCCCUUCCUGUCAACCGGUCCUCUGUGUGCCCACUCCCUGCCAGCCCACUGUGUGCAAACCCAGCUGCUGCCAGCCAGUUGUCUGUGAGCCCAGCUGCUGCUCAACUGUCUGCACCGUGCCGAGUUCCUGCCAACCAGUGGUUUGUGAGCCACAAACCACUUGCUGUCAGCCGGUGUGCCCCACACCUAGCUGCUGUCCAUCUGUCUGCUCUGUGGCCAAUAGCUGCCAGGCUGUCUGCUGUGACCCCAGUCCUUGUGAGCCAUCUUGCUCGGAGACCAGCACUUGCCAGCCCACCACCUGUGCGGCUCUGGUCUGUGAGCCUGUCUGCUUCCGCCCUGUCUGCCGUGUUCCCAGCUCUUGCGAGCCACCUUGUGGCCCCAGCACUUGCCAAGAGCCACCUUGUUGUGUCUCCAGCAUCUGCCAACCCAUCUGCUCUGAGCCCAGCUCUUGCCCACCGAACGCCUGUGUACCCAGGCCACGUCAGCCUGCCUGCUACAUAGUCAAGCGCUCUCAGUCUGUCUGCUGUGAGCCUGUUUCCUGUCCAUCUACUUCCUGCCAACCUCUUUGCUGCCGCCCAGGGUCUUCUGCAUCUGCCAUCUGCCAACCAGUUUGCUCUCGCACUUUCUAUGUGCCCGGCUCCUGCAAACAGUCUUGCACGACUUCAGUUCCCUACCACCCAGUUUGCCGCCUAAGCUGCCCCAGAUCCAUCACCUACAGGCAGCCGUAUGUGACAUCCUUCUCCUACCGCCCUGCUUGCUACCGCCCAUGUUACUCCAUCCUGCGCCGCCCGGCCUGUGUCACUUCUAUCUCUUACCACCCCGUCUGCUCCCACCUGCCUUGUGCUGACUCCUGCAAACGGGAUUGCAAAAAGUCCACUUCCAGCCAUCCUGAUUGUGCUGACUCAAUGCCCUGCGCAGCAGAGGUCUCACGUGCCGAUCCCUGUCAGCCCGCCGAGGCCAAGCCCACCAGCCCAAUCACCCAUGCAGCUGCAGCCAGUCAGCCUGCUGCCUCUUGAACUGGCCUUGACCCACCAAUUCCUGUAAGCAAACCUCCAAAUAGAGAGAAGACUUGACUGCCCUCCCCAAAGCUCAUUCUAACUUAGAAUCUUUUUCUUUCUGCUUUAUCACUUGCCAUCUACUUAUGCUUCAAACAACUCAUCAGCAAUGUCAGUAACUUGUGGUCCAAAUGAAGGCCUCCAGGCACCAAGAACAUUCUAGGUUCCUGUCUGCUGCCACAAUCAAGCUGAGAAGAGCUCCUUUGCCACGUUAUCUUAAAUCUCUUUCCUGACAUAAGAUUUUUUCUGUCUAAUGUGUGUGCUCCCUUGCAGUGUGUGCUCAUAUUCCUUGGGUACUUCUUCCAUUAGAUAUUUAACAGUCCAAUAAACAUUGUUAAGUUG